AUGCAUUCUUUCACCAGGGCGCUGAGCGCCCUUCUUGCUUUGACAGCAACAACAACAACAGCACGUCCUACCGCGGAUUCCACUGCGGCCUUGUCAACAAGGCAAUCCAGCUCUAGCGGCUACUGGCUUGGCCAGUCUUCUUUCCACAAGAACGCUCCUGUAUGGGGCAACAGCAACACGAACUACCCCAUCUUCCGUGAUGUGACCGACAGUCGAUUCGGCGGAGGGGCCAGGGGUGACGGUGUCACUGAUGACACUGCGGCCAUUAACUUCGCCAUCAACGCCACUCUCGGCAGCAACCAGAGAUGUGGCGUUGGCUGCAACUCAUCCACCAUCUCGCCCGCCAUUGUAUACUUUCCUCCUGGCAAGUAUCUCCUUAUCGGCGAUGCGACCAAUUUGCCACAAAUCAUCGCCAGCUCUGGCUUCCAAGGCAUGGCCGUCCUCGACGCUGACCCCUAUGGUGCUUACGGCAACAACUGGUUCAUCAACCAAAACAACUUCUUCCGACAAGUCCGCAACUUCGUCAUUGACAUCACCCAAUGGAACGGCGGUGCUACUGGUGCUGGUAUUCACUGGCAGGUUGCUCAGGCUACCUCCCUCCAGAACAUUGUUUUCGAGAUGAGUACCUCUGCCAGCACACAGCAGCAGGGUAUCUUCAUGGACAAUGGUAGCGGUGGCUUCAUGAGUGACCUCGUCUUCAAAGGUGGCAAGUACGGUGCUUUCUUCGGCAACCAGCAAUUCACCUCUCGCAACCUGACCUUCAUUGGUUGCCAGACCGGUAUCUACAUGAACUGGAACUGGGGCUGGACUCUAUCCGAUAUGACCUUCACUAACUGCGGCACCGGUAUCGACAUGUCUAACACACCGACCAACCAGACCGUUGGCUCCGUCGUCCUCAGCGACAGCACUUUCAGCGGUACUCAGUAUGGUGUGCGAUCUGCGUACUCCAAAUCCAGCGACGUCCCCAAGUCUGGUGGUACUCUCAUCAUCGAUAACGUUGACUUCGGCAGCGCAACAGCUGUUGUUGGCCCCACAAACGCCGUCAUCGCACAGUCGAUCGCAUCAGGCUCGGCAUGGGCUUCUGGCAAUGUCUAUGAUCACUCCGGCACCGCGGCUAUCACGCAGGGCCCGAUCAAGUCUCCCGUCAAGAACCAGGCUCUUCUAAGCAACGGCAAGAUCUUCGCCCGCUCCAAGCCCCAGUAUGAGACUCAGCCUGCAAGCGCCUUCUCCAGCGCGCUUACCUACGGCUGCAAGGGUGAUGCUACUACCGACGACACCCAGUGCAUUCAGAAGUUCCUGAAUGACGCCUCCAGCAAGAACCUGAUCGCCUACUUCGAUCACGCCGUCUAUCUCGUCACCAGCACCAUCACUGUCCCGAACAACAUCCGCAUCGUCGGUGAGAUUUGGUCGACUAUCUUGGCAUCUGGUUUCACCGAUGUCAACAGCCCCAAGCCUGUCUGGCAAGUUGGCUCUGGUAACGGCUCAACCGGUGCUGUGGAGAUUAGCGACCUGCUAUUCGAGAUUAGAGGUCCGAAUCCUGGCGCUAUCAUAAUCCAAUGGGAACUGAACUCGCCGGCCGGCAAGUCUGGCAUGUGGGACACUCACGUCCGCAUAGGUGGCUCGUACGGCUCGAAUCUACUCCUGGCCGAUUGCGCCAAGCAAGUCCAGAACCCAAGCGUCAACAACAAAUGCCUUGGUGUUUUCUUGAUGUUCUACGCCGCUCCUCAGUCCGGUGGUGUCUACCUUGAGAACACCUGGCACUGGGUGGCAGAUCAUGAUAUGGAAGAUCCCCUGAACCAGCAAAUCUCCGUCUACAGUGCUCGCGGCACGCUCAUCCGCUCUUCUGGUCCGGUCUGGCUCUGGGGUACUUCCUCCGAGCACAGCAUCUUCUACAACUACCAGAUCGAUGGCGCUUCUGCUGUCUUCGGCGGCUUCAUGCAGUCUGAGACCCCCUACAUGCAGCCGUACCCGCUUGCACCGGCACCAUUCACGCCCAAUGGCAACUAUGACGACCCAACCUUCACUGUCUGCAAUGGCGCGAACGCCAACAGCCUUGACUCUCCUUGCAAAGACGCUUGGGGUUUGCGUGUGCUCAACAGCCAAGGAAUCCUCAUCUACUCGCUCGGUUUCUACAGCUUCUUCAACGGCUACGAGCAAGACUGUCUCCUAAGUGGGAACUGCCAGCUUGACAUGAUUCAUAUCACCAACAGUCAGGUGGCAAUGUAUGCCGUCACUACCAUCGGCACGGUCAAAAUGCUCGUCGACGACAACGGCGUCACGAUCAAUGCCGCUGAAAACGCGGACGUCUACGGCGAUACUUUCGCGGUGUACUAUGCCGAUACGUGA